AUGAGAAAAGCAAUCUCACAACAACUUUAUCACGAAAACGAGUUCGAUACAGUCCCUAGCCCAAACUCAAAAGGAAGUGUUAGAUCUUUAUCUCGACACACUUCUGUCCAGAAUAGUACAGUACAGUCACCGAGGCCUGACACCUCUUAUGUACAUGAUUAUGGAGGGAAACUUCAUGUACACUCCAGCAUAAGAAGACCUGAGACAUCUCCAAAUAUUACAGAUAUGAGUAAUCAGUUGCUAAUGAACUCUCGCCGAAGUCCACUGAUAAACUCUAGUGAAUUUUCACCCGCAGAAUGGAAUAUUACAAAUAUCAACAGCUACAAAAAAGCUGAUGUAAUUCGACAAAAGGCUGAAGCUGUGAGAAGCAAAGCAAACCAACUUAUAGAGGAGCAUGCAGACUAUACAAGGAAAGGGGGUGAGCAGGCAAGGUAUAGACUAGGAGAACGGAUGAAGGAUGUAAUAUUCUGGCGGGGAGAACUUCAGCAGGAGAUUUCAGUUCUCAGGAGUAUGACUGAGACCCUAUCUGAAAGUAGAAGAAAUGUAGAUCAUGCUCUGGCACAAUCUGAACGUCCUCUCAGGGUAUACACUAAAUGCAAGGAGUUACGAGAGAAAAGGUUGGGUAUAGAGCUGGUAAAAGAUUCAGUUGAACUCAGUUUACAAACAGAAUUGGAGAUUAUCAAACAUCAUCAAGAUGUUUUCAAACAGAUAUUAAAAGAGUGUACUGAUCAAAUUGAGAAAAAUACUGAUAUGGUUCAACGUUUGACCAGUGAUCUAAACAAUAAAGAACAAGCUAUUAGUAUUGACCAAGCAACCGUGGAUUUGGCUAUAACUGCUAAGGGUCCAACUCCUGCACUUUCUAACAGAAACAAGGACCAAGGUUUUAAAGGCAGGGGACCCAACGGCAAGAAGGAGAUUAAGUCCGAACAAAGAACUGAAGUUCCAAAUAGAAAAAUUCAACAGUGGUCAAAGAACUCUCAGCAGAGCUUACAGAUAUCUCUCAACCUUAGAUCUGAAACGAGCAAGCUUACUGCCAAAGCUGAAAGCGCUUGUGCACAGGCGAUAGCUGAGAUAAAAUCUGCUUGGGAGGGUACUAACCUGUCCUUAGUAAGUAGAGCAAAGGAGCUUGAAGAUACACAUAAAAGGAUCCAAGGACAUUUAGACAAUACAGUUCAGGAAAUAAAAGAUCAAGAGAUCCAUCUAGAACAAUUAAAGUCUUCCAUUAAAUCUAAACAGAACCCUCUAACUCUUGCCAAGGCAAGAUUGGCAAUGCGGGCUAGGUUACCGGAAGAAGAGGCGUGUAUGGAUACACCCUAUAUUGCCCUGCUAGAGGAGGUGGGACAGUUGCAGGAGAGCAUGGAUACCUUAGGGGUUGCAUUGGAGUAUGGACAGUCUUCCCUGAAAGAGUUGCUUGAAGUUAAAUUAAGCCUGGAACACGAUCUAUUCCUCAAAACUAACUCUAUCAGUAUUGACAGAAAGCAGUGUUUGCCUCUUCGAGCCGAGUUUCCUUUUCACCUUUGGUGUGGGUGCAGUAAAUGUAAAUCAUGCAGAACAUCACUUUACUGCAGAACUCAUGUUUGUAAGAAGGUUUAAACUCUACAGAACAUCACUUUACUGCAGAACUCAUGUUUGUAAGAAGGUUUAAACUCUACAGAACAUACAUAAACUGCAGAGCUCAUGUUUGUAAGAAGGUUUAAACUCUACAGAACAUACAUAAACUGCAGAGCUCAUGUUUGUAAGAAGGUUUAAACUCUACAAAACAUCACUUUACUGCAGAACUCAUGUUUGUAAGAAGGUUUAAACUCUACAAAACAUCACUUUACUGCAAACUCGUGUUUGUAAGAAGGUUUAAAGUCUACAGAACAUACAUAAACUGCGGAACUCAUGUUUGUAAGAAGGUUUAAACUCUGCAGAACAUACAUAAACUGCAGAACUCAUGUUUGUAAGAAUGUUUAGAAUUUACAGAACAUACAAAAACUGCAGAACAAAUGUUUGUAAGAAGGUUUAAACUCUACAGAACAUACAUAAACUACGGAACUCAUGUUUGUAAGAAGGUUUAAACUCUACAGAACAUUCAUAAACUGCAGAACGAAUGUUUGUAAGAAGGUUUAAACUCUACAGAACAUUCAUAAACUGCAGAACAAAUGUUUGUAAGAAGGUUUAAACUCUACAGAACAUAUAUAAAAUGCAGAACUCAUGUUUGUAAGAAGGUUUAAACUCUACAGAACAUACAUAAACUGCAGAGCUCAUGUUUGUAGGAAGGUUUAAACUCUACAGAACAUAUAUAAACUGCAGAACUCAUGUUUGUAAGAAGGUUUAAACUCUACAGAACAUACAUAAACUGCAGAGCUCAUGUUUGUAAGAAGGUUUAAACUCUACACAACAUUCAUAAACUGCAGAACAAAUGUUUGUAAGAAGGUUUAAACUCUACAGAAUAUACAUAAACUGCAGAGCUCAUGUUUGUAAGAAGAUUUAAACUCUACAGAACAUACAUAAACAGCAGAACUCAUGUUUGUAAUUGUAAGAAGGUUAAACUCUACAGAACAUACAUAAACUGCAAAACUCAUGUUUGUAAGAAGGUUUAAGUUCUUCAGAACAUAAAUAAACUGCAGAGCACAUGUAAGAAAGUUUAAAUUCUGCAGAACAUACCUGGUUUCUAUGAAAAAAUAACCUUUUUUUUGUUAAAUUAUAGUUAUUUCUAUUUUUCUGUGUUCUGGCUAGAAUUUAAUAUUUUCUUAGAAAAGGGGUUAUAGGGGUUCUUUAUCUUCAUUCAAACGAAUCGUUUAAAGUGUCAGCUGUUUUAGUAUAUUUUGUCAAAACAUAAAAGUGAGGAAACCCUUUUGUAUCUAUUAAAAUGUGAGAUUACAUAAAAUCAAAAGAUGAAUAAAAUCAAUAACCUUG